UAAGAUUACAUAAUUUCGAUAACUACAAUCAGAAAAUGUGGAGACUCAAAACCUAAAUAAAUUUUGGCUCCAAGUUUUUGGGUUUGUCACUUUCCCUGUUCUCCCUCCCUCCCUCCACAAUCUCUUUCAAAGAGAAGUUUCAUUAGAUUUCUUCUAAAUUACAAAAAUCGCAAACAAAAAUCAACAGCAAAUGGGCACCAUGGAAACCGAGACCCAGAACGUUCAGCAUCGCUCGUUUUCCAUUAAAUUGUGGCCACCUAGCCAAAGUACAAGGUUGACGCUUGUGGAACGCAUGACCAAGAAUUUGUCAACACCGUCUGUUUUCUCUAAGAAAUAUGGUCUCUUAAGCCAAGAGGAGGCUAUGGAGAAUUCUAAGCACAUAGAAGACUCAGCUUUUGCUUCUGCAAAUGAGCAUUACGAGAGAGAGCCUGAUGGUGAUGGAAGCUCAGCAGUUCAACUUUACGCCAAGGAAGCCAGUAAGCUCAUGCUGGAAGUUCUUAAAAGAGGCUCCAGAACCCAAAAUGGUAUAGAGGCCCAUGUACCAGAGGAUGUUCCUGCUCCGCGCGAAACGUUUUUUGACAUAUCUCGAGGUCGCCGUGCUUUUAUUGAUGCUGAGGAGGCCGAGGAUCUGUUAAAGCCAUUGUCAAAGCCUGGGAACUCAUAUGCUAAGAUAUGCUUCAGCAAUAGAAGUUUUGGACUUGAGGCCGCUCAUAUUGCAGCACCCAUCUUAGCAUCUAUUAAGGGACAGUUAACAGAAGUUGACCUAUCAGAUUUUAUUGCAGGAAGGUCAGAAGAUGAAGCCAUUGAAGUAAUGAAUAUAUUCUCAAAGGCACUGGAAGGCUGUAUAUUGAGAUCUCUGAACCUCUCAGACAAUGCCUUGGGGGAGAAGGGUGUUAGGGCCUUUGAUGCGCUUUUGAAAUCCCAGAGUAAUUUGGAAGAGCUAUAUUUGAUGAAUGAUGGUAUCUCCGAGGAAGCUGCACAGGCAGUAUCUGAGCUAAUUCCUUCUACAGAGAAGCUCAAGAUCCUUCAUUUCCAUAACAAUAUGACAGGAGAUGAGGGGGCUGUUUUUAUUGCUAAGGUUGUAGAAGGAUCUCCAGCAUUGCUGGAUUUCCGAUGUUCUUCUACUAGGGUAGGUGAGGAAGGAGGUAUUGCCCUCGUAGAGGCAUUAGGGAAGUGUUCCAAUCUGAAAAAGAUUGAUCUUAGGGACAACAUGUUUGGUGUGGAAGCUGGUGUCGCUCUCAGUAAAGCUCUUUCUUCUCAUGCUGGCCUUACUGAGAUUUACUUGAGUUACUUAAAUCUGGAAAACGAAGGAGCUAUAGCUCUUGUGGAUGCGCUCAAGGAGAAUGCUCCAUUGCUUGAAGUGUUGGAUAUGGCUGGAAAUGAGAUCACUCUAGAAGCUGCUCCCGCCUUAGCUGCUUGCAUAGCAGCAAAAGAGUCCCUUACUAAACUAAAUUUGUCAGAAAACGAACUAAAGGACGAAGGCACAAUUCUGAUUGCCAGGGCACUGGAAAACGGUCACAAGCAGUUGAAGGAAGUAGAUCUGAGCACAAAUGCCAUGAGAAGGGCCGGGGCAAGAGUUUUGGCUCAGGCAGUAGUUAAUAAGCCUGAAUUUAAGUUGCUGACCAUCAAUGGCAACUACAUAUCGGAUGAAGGCAUUGAUGAACUGAAGGAAAUAUUUAAGAAAUCCCUUGACUUGCUUGGUCCCUUGGAUGAGAAUGAUCCUGAAGGAGAAGAUGAUGACCAGGGGUCUAAUGAGGAUGAGGAUGACAACGAGGACGGAUUGGGUUCCCAACUGAAGAAUCUCGAAGUCAGUGAAGAUAAUUAGGAGUAUAAGAUAAAAGAUACUGUUCGACCUCUUGUUCUGUCCUGGCUGAUUCUACACAAAUGGAGGCGGCGCUGCUGCUACAACAGAGGAUGUUUAGUAUUAGUAUGUAGCUUAGCUUUCUUUAAACUUGUUUUGCCCAAGCACCACUGUAAUCUCUAUUUUUGGAUGAACUCAGCAAAUGUUAAUUGCUCUGACUUUUUACAUAGGAAGUUAGUAGUUGUUAGAAAAUGUUUUAAAUUAAACCUAUGGAUGAUUUCAUUUCAGGUAUUAGUUCUCGUGCCUAAUGUUAUCAUUCUGUAUGAAAUUUUCAUCUUCGUUUUAUACUCUUUA